AUGAACGACACAACGCCGUUUGUCGUUUGCCCCGAGCACCACUGGUACAUCAAGAGAAACAGAGUUACGGCUGACCGAAUCUGUCACGACUGCAAGGAUGUCUCGAGUCGCCUUGAAGUCGCAUUGGAAAAAUUCAGCGAUGAAAUGGAGGACUAUUACUUCGCUAACGUCCAGACUUCCGAAGAGUUUGCCGCUAAAAUGAAAUUGAGGAACAUGCUUGAGAAGAUUCUACAAAACUCGAGUCAUGGACGGGACGGCUGGCCAAAGUCAGUUGUGGUGAUUACGGGUAGCUCUGUCACUGGGCUUGCCUCAAAGAACUCGGACGUCGACAUUUGCGUGGCCAUACCUGAUGCUCUUGCUCACUUUAACAGUGAAAUUGUUGCUGCCCGUACGUGUGUAAAGAUUAUGGAAUACCGCUUGGCAGAUGACGAGGAGUUCUACAAUUUGGUCGUCAAAGAGAAAAGCGGGAAACCCAAGUUGCAAUUUGUUGACGCGUCGAUUCCAGUGCUGAAGUUUACAGUUUUAAUUGACGGCUUCACAAUAGAAUGCGACUUGUCAACUGCUUGCAAUCGGGAGGGAUUCAUCUCAUCGUUUCACAAUUCUUUUCUUCUUCGUCACUAUGUGAAAUUCGAUAGGCGAGUUGCUCCACUUUGCUUUUUCAUCAAAAAAUGGGCCAAGAAUCUCGAAAUUUACAAUCCCGUCGAGGGACGCCUUAAUAGUUAUUGUCUUACGCUUCUGGUGCUUCAUUAUCUGCAAUGUGGAUUGGACCCUCCUCUCUUGCCAAAUUUUAUUCAGAUUUAUCCGUCAUUUUUCGCUUCAACGGAACAAGAAUUUCCACAAGUCGUCGAUUUCGAUGCGAGCUUGCCAUGGCCAGUCGAUGAUGAACCUUACAAUUCGCUAAGCAUGGGUCAACUUUUUUAUGGGUUCAUUUCGUACUACAACGAAUUCGACUUUAAGGCAAUGUCAAUUGAUAUGAAGAAUGCAUGUAUAAAUAGAAAGCGAGUGAGCAAUGACAGAUGUCGCGUUCUCGACAUUAUUGAUCCAAUCGACCGACACAAUCCAGGCCGCACUUUGCGUCGCGAAGGCUUGGAAUACAUCCAGGGAAUUCUUGGUAGCGUACGAGAAGUGUUCCGAAAUGCUGCUUUAAACGACGAUGAUGUUCGAGAUAGUUUGCCACCUUUCAAUGCUUUACUUGGAGAAAACCAAGCUUUUUGU